UCACAGGAGACCUUCACCAGCAGACUGUGUUUGGAGUAUAACGGGACUUUCACGUCUUCAGUUUGCUGAACAAGAUCUUUGGAGGGCAGGAUGGAAAACACGUGUGAGGUGUGGAAACCGGCACAGUAGAGUGUAGUGACGGCUCAGACUGUGGCCGAUGCCCCGAAACACGCUGACCCUCGACCCUGCGAUGCCCACCGAGCUGCUGAAAGACACCAUGACGAUCCCCGGAACUCCUGAGCGAAUCCUGCAAGAGAAAACCAACAACAAAGAGCCUCCUCAACUGCAGCCGCUGGCCGUCACCAUCCCCCUGGUCAACGAGGGGCAGCUGACGGCGGCCACCGGCGGAGCAGAGCUGUCCUGUUACCGCUGCACCGUGCCCUUCGGAGUGGUGGUCCUGAUCGCAGGGAUCGUAGUGACGGCUGUCGCGUACAGCUUCAACUCUCACGGCUCCACCAUAUCUUACUUCGGACUGGUGCUGCUCUCGGCCGGGCUGGUGCUGCUCACCCUGAGCGCAGUUUGCUGGAAGGUGCGGAUGGAGAGAAAGAAAGAGAGAAGACGAGAGAGUCAGACGGCACUGGUGGCCCAUCAGAAAAGCAUCUUUGCCUGAUUCGACACAAGCAUGAACUCAGAAACCUUCAUGAUGAACGAGUCAAUGCGACAUCCAGAUGUUUUGCCUCAGGUCGGACCAUAGACUGUAAAAAAAGAUUGACGACUUAUUUCCACUUCCUUCCACUGUAGAAAAGAGAAGCCAAACAGAGAUUGUCUUACUAAAGAGAGGAGAGGGUC